UUCUCUCUCUAGCACAUUAGCUUGCAGAAGAAGAAGAGACCCAUUUUAGUUGUUGCCCCUUAAUCAUCUCUUCUUCUACUUUCGAUCUGCGUAAAAUCUUUGAAUUUUAGAUCUGAACUAGUGAAGGAAGGAAGAGAUGGCGACAGUAAACAAUGCCCACCACCAAGAUAGCAAUCCAAACACCCCCGCCGCCGCCGCCGCGCUGCCGAAGCAGGCUCUCCCCACCGCUAAAACCGUCGACACCCAAUCUGUUUUGAAAAGGCUGCAAACGGAGCUGAUGGCCCUAAUGAUGGGUGGCGACGGUGGAAUCUCGGCUUUCCCCGAGGAAGACAACAUAUUCUGCUGGAAAGGAACAAUCCAUGGCAGCAAAGAUACAGUCUUUGAAGGCACUGAAUAUAAACUGUCACUCUCGUUUCCCACCGAUUAUCCUUUCAAGGCACCGAAGGUUAAAUUCGAGACUUCUUGCUUCCACCCAAAUGUCGAUGUUUACGGAAACAUAUGCUUGGACAUAUUACAGGAUAAGUGGUCGUCGGCCUAUGAUGUAAGGACCAUCUUGCUAUCGAUUCAGAGUUUGCUCGGAGAGCCAAACAUAAGUUCACCACUCAACACACAGGCGGCGGCCCUUUGGGCCAACCAAGAAGAGUAUAGGAAGACGGUGGAGAAAUUAUACAAGCCGAGUACUUAGAAACUGUCACUAGGAUUGGAGUUCACAGAGCUCUAUUAUUGUUUGGAAUUGAUUCUUUUUGGGAGUUGUAUUUUUUUCACUUCAUUCUUUUAAAUGUUGUUUUAAAGAGAGGAUAGUCGUCUUAUGUACGAUGUUGUGAGAGGAAAAAUAGCAUUUCUUUUAUGAUCAAGAAAAAGUUUUUGUUUACUACUCAAAGAUGAUUUGUGUGUCUGUAUGUCUUUUGUAAGAGGCGAGAACGGUCUUCCUCUAAUUCGUUUGUCAAAUAAAUAUGAAUGCAGCUGCAAUCUAUAUGCGGCAGGCUCGUUUACAAUUUA